CCCCGUCUGGGCCGCGCGCCCCGCACCCUCCGCACCGCGCAGACUCUCCCUGCCCCCUCGCCUCCUCUUCCCGGCAGCCACCCCCGGAGGGAGCUGGGAGAUGCCCCAGAUCGGAACCCCCCAUUAAAAAAAACCGACUCCCGACCUGUCCCGGCCUCCUGGGUCGGCCGAGGAACCGGUAGCCUCAGGCUUGGGGCCGACCGCUCCGGCCUGCGGGGCGUCCGGGCGCGGGGCCAAGGCGGGGCGGGGGCGGGGGCCUUUAAGAGGCAGGGCCGGCCGGGGCCCGACCCAGACGCGGGCAGCGCCUGGACUCGCCGCCGCCGCGGGACUCCGGCAGCCCCGCAGCGCUCCGGCUCCUCCUCCUCUCGCGACCGUCCUCGCAGCGAUGGACGGAGACGGUGACCCAGAGAGCGUGGGCCAGCCGGAGGAGGCGAGCCCGGAGGAGCAGCAGGAGGAGGCGAGCGCGGAGGAGGCGAGCGCCGGCGAGGAGCGGCCCGCGGAGGAGGAGGAGGAGGCGGCCUACCUGGACGAGCUGCCCGAGCCGCUGCUGCUGCGCGUGCUGGCCGAGCUGCCGGCCGCCGAGCUGGUGCAGGCCUGCCGCCUGGUGUGCCUGCGCUGGAAGGAGCUGGUGGACGGCGCCCCCCUGUGGCUGCUCAAGUGCCAGCAGGAGGGGCUGGUGCCCGCGGGCGGCGCCGAGGACGAGCGCGACCACUGGCAGCAGUUCUACUUCCUGAGCAAGAGGCGGCGCAACCUGCUGCGCAACCCGUGCGGGGAAGAGGACUUGGAGGGCUGGUGCGACGUGGAGCACGGUGGGGACGGCUGGAGGGUGGAGGAGCUGCCCGGAGACUGUGGGGUGGAGUUCGUCCACGACGACAGCGUCAAGAAGUUCUUCGCCUCCUCCUUUGAGUGGUGUCGCAAAGCGCAGGUCAUCGACCUGCAGGCUGAGGGCUACUGGGAGGAGCUGCUGGACACCACUCAGCCGGCCAUCGUGGUGAAGGACUGGUACUCGGGCCGCAGCGACGCCGGCUGCCUGUACGAGCUCACGGUGAAGCUGCUGUCGGAGCACGAGGACGUGCUGGCCGAGUUCGACAGCGGGCAGGUGGCAGUGCCGCCGGACAGCGACGACGCGGGCUGGAUCGAGAUCUCCCACACCUUCACCGACUACGGGCCCGGCGUCCGCUUCGUCCGCUUCGAGCACGGGGGGCAGGACUCCGUCUACUGGAAGGGCUGGUUCGGGGCCCGGGUGACCAACAGCAGCGUGUGGGUGGAGCCCUGAGUGACCCCUCCUGCGGCCUCCCCCAGCUGCCCUACCUGGGCAAAGGCCCGGGGUAGACAGCCUUAGUCAGUAGCAUCCUCACCUUCCCCACCCCCAUGCACUCCUCUCCCGCCCCUCACUCCAAGCCCAGCCCCCACACCGGGAGAGAGGGUUUGGUUGGCAUAUAUUUGCGUCUAGAACAGGAGAUGGGUGAGGGCGUGGGCCUGGUCCGGGCCCACCGCUGAAUCCCCCGCACCUAGCACAGUGCCUGCCACAAAGUGGGCGCUCAAUAAAUAUUAUUUGUCCAAGGAAGGAUGAAUGAACAAACGGAUGAA